GUAAAAUUAGAUGCAAGUUUGAUUUGUCAUUUCAUUUCAUCAUUUGGGUUCAUAAAAGUCGAUUGUUAUAAGGUUUUGUCAAUUUGCUUGUUUUGACAACUUUAUUGACAACCUUGGCUGGAAUGGAGAUAAUUUAAGGUAAAAAAAAGGUGCAGGUACAAUGACAAUCAACCUUAACUGUAAUUCACUUAAAUGAAUGGAUUUUUGACAAAAAAACAGUGAAAAUAAAAGUCAACUUCAGUGGAUAAUGAAUAAGAAAAAAAGUGUUGACAUGGUUGGUUUAUCUUGGCUACGAUUGGGUUCUAAUUGAUGAAAAUGAGGCAAUUUCCCUUUUUUGCUAUAACCUAUUUUGAUUGGGAUUGAAAAAUGAGAAAAUUGCGAAUCGGUUGAACAUUUUACUUUGUUUUACUGAUCGAUAUGUUAAAAGUUAAACUGAUGGCGUUUGAUAUAAACAAUGAUUACAAAUUUGGCUACAUUUGAAGUUGCUUGACUUUACCUUUUCCUGCUUUGGUUCCUAAAUUUUUCAUCCGUUGUUUAAACGUCUUCAACAAGACACCUUGUGUAAUGAACAAUCGUGAAAUCCUCUAAAAAGAUAUUCUCAAAGUUGAUAUCAAGAUGGAUACCAGGGUCUUCAAUCGUACAACUGUUUUCUUGUUUCUCUUUGUAACUGUAUUGACCGUCUAUGGACAGGCACCUUCAAAGGCUCAAGAUGUUGCCAGUAAAGUCUACAAAUUGUACUCUUCCAAAACAAAUGGACAAAAUCUUUUGGAUUUGGGAAACUGGUUAACUGGUGUGAUUGAGAAUCAAUAUUUGUUACCAGAAGUUAAUGUAACGGAAAAGGGAUCAGUUACAUCUUAUAAAGCAUCUUUCACCAAUGUCUCUGUGACUGGAUUGAAGCCUGAACAGAUAGUUACUAUUGAGUUGUUCCUUGGAAAUCCAGAGAUAAAUAUAACAUCAGCAUCGACCAAAGUUAAUAUGGAUGGUAAAUACAUGGUGGACGGUAAAUUCACCAUCUUUCCAUUCAAAGCUAAUGGCUCUUUUGGAUUGGAGUUUACUAAUUUUCUGAUAAAAACUCGACUUCUCUCAAAUCCUGGUUCAUCUCAAGAUAAAGUUAAAGUUACAUGUGAUGCUGGUUUUGGACAGUUUGGUCAACGAUAUGUUGGUUUAUUGGAAAAUUCAGCAGCAGCUCCUUAUUCACGAAGAGUGAAGAAUAAUUUAUCUCACAAUUUGUUCCAAUCAGUCAAAUCUAAGUUAUUAUCUUCUAUUGAAAGUUCCUUGAAAAAUGCUUAUAUCAGUAAAGGGGAUAAUGUUAAUCUAGAUUUAAUCUACCCAACAAGUGAAGCUCAAAUCGAUCAAUGGCUAAACAGAACUCGAUCAGUGAUUGUUGAUAAAGGUCAUGAUCCAUUUUCGUUGGCAGACUAUUCAAGAAAUUUCUCUAAUGAUUUUCGACUCUUCAAGUUAACUGGAAGUCUGGAGAUUUACAACGGAACCAUAAAUGGUUUAUCCACAUUAACACGAAUGGGACCUGUUAAGGUAAUUUAUUUCAAGGAUUCACUGAUCAUUGAAUUGUCAGUUGGGUUCAAGAGUUUGACUGCAGCUUAUGAUUGGCAAAUCAAUGUUGGAAAAUCAUCUAGAACCGGAAAAAUUACAUCUAACAUCACUUAUAUUUCAACCUUUAUUCGUCUGGUUCAACCUCUCCAACCUGGAUCCUCUUUGAACCUUGAGAUAUUCGAUGUCCGUCAUCUUGAUCACAUUUGGUUGGAUAUUACUGGAAUACGAACAUGGGAUUACUUGCUUGAGGUUAUUGUCAACUUGGGAACGCGAGUGAUUCGCAGUAGAAUAGGUGAAAUGUUGUCAACAACUUUAAUGACUAUUGUCAAAGAUGAACUUGGAAAACAACAGCUGACUAAUUUGUAAAUUGAUACUUAAUUGUUUGCUAUGUUAAAGAUGUUGACACAAAACAUUUGGGACAGAUUAGGCAAAAAAUAUAAACUGUAAACUCAAUCCACUUUUUGAUAAACAAUUUUUUGCUUUUAA